UUGUCCAGUGAUUCAUUCAUGCUUCCCCAAAGGCUGCCCCUCAUUAGCAUGUAGAAAGAAAAGCCCUGAACAAAUCAAAUCUGCAUCCCAGUUACUGAACGCUGCUAAAAUGAUAACACCUUCCCUUUGGCUCCUACUCUUUUGUGCGGUCCCAUCCAGAGCUGUAGCAGAAGUGUCUCCACUGAUAUUAUCAUCUGCUGAAGUCCAACAUAUUCUUCAGAAUACAACGUUAAACUUUGAGAAGAGUUUUUCUAAAGGAGCAUCCACCAGCCUUGUGGUUUCACCUUGGAGCUUAUCUUUUGAUAGUUCCACCAGCUAUGGACAUUUCCCUAUGGAGCACCAAACAAGGCCAAUAGAUGAACGGAAAUUUAUAUUGCCACCUGAUAAGAGGAAGAAGAAUAAAAUAAUCGUGGACAAUAAUACAGGGAUGAGAAGGACAAAACUGCAGCAAACUGAUAUGUUAACAGGAAGUACCAAUACAAAUGUUCAUCUCACUUCUCAAGCUUUCCAUGGAAAUUCUCGCAUAUUUCAGCAGAGCAGGUUGCAGCUCGGCAGCACUUCAGUUUCCACAUAUUUUUACCAAGGAAGUCAACAAAAUAAAAAAGCUAGUAUAAGGGCUGGGUCCCAGCGUCUGAAAGAUCCUAUAAAUAGCAGGACCAACAGCGAUGUAACAGAUUAUGAGAGCAACAGGCCUGGGAAGGUAAACUCUUAUAAAUAUUUAGAAAUUGUCCAAAACUUCAGCAUACCUUCCAGGAUAUCCAACAGGAACCCAUCAAGUCUGCUUUAUCAGUUUAACGCAUUUAAAAAAGACUCAGACAGCAAAGAGAAGGAUUGUUUGACAGAGUGUAAUAAGGAAAAGGACGAGAGAGAAUCGUAUUGCAACAGUGAAUUUGCGUUGAAUGGGAUUGUUCAUGACUUGGAAACUCUCAGUAAAGGUACCCAGCUGAUUACUCUGCUUGUAAACAGUGCCGGCUUAUACAAGAUGAAUCGACUUUAUAUAACCCCAGAUGGAUUUUUCUUUAGGGUAAAGAUACUGGCUGUAGAUACUUCAAACUGCAAUAAAUCCUGCUUGGAUUUUAAAUUAGGAAGUCGCUAUAUUGUAAUGGGACAAAUAUACCACAAAUGGAUGGAAUUGCCACUAACCACACAACAAUUGAUCAGUGGACGUUUGAGAUCUGGAGAUGGACUUGUGAGAAGCAGCAGUUAUAUUAAAAGAUUUAAUAGGAAAAAAGACAGCAAAGUGCUUAUGGCCAUUCACGCCAAGUGUAGAUAAUGCUACCGACUUUUUACCCAUAAUGCACUAAAACCAGGAAAAUUACAUAUCGUAUAAUACAAUGUGACAAUGUACAAACACUUGGUUUGUUUUUGUCCAAAUUCAUUAUCCUGUGAAUCAAUUUACUUACAAACAAGGAACAUUAAAUAACAAAUUAGCUGCCAAGAGAGUUACUGAAGUUCAGUUUGCAAAUAAUAACAGUUUUGUGUUGUAACAUUCUUAUAUUCAUGUAAAAAAAAAUAUAGAAAUUAUUAGCAACCAAGAUCAUAAUAAAUAUUUUUUAAACGUUUUUUUUAGAAUAUGAUUAAGUGUUUAUAUACAUAGAAUAAAACUUUAUAUUAUAUAUUAAUCUAUUUGGCCUACACUAAAAUAUUUUACAGUAAUGUUAAGAGAAUAGCAAUAUAAGAAUGCAGAAUGCAUUGGAGAUUAUUCACUUUUAUGUGCUUCUGGUUUUGGGAAAACUCAACGGAAAAGGAAAUAAAAAGAAAAAACGAAAAUGUAAAA